CUACCAGGAGGUACUUUGCAUCGUCCAGUGAGUGUGAGUUUAGUUACUUUCACCAUCUUAUUAGACUAGACGGUAUUGAGUGGCUGUUUAACGUAUGCCUUUCAAGGCCUUGGAGUAUGAUCGUUCUUUAUUUGAAACUGGAUUAAAAGAAAGUGUUCAGUGAUUUUAGGUGAAAUUUCAGACAGUUAGAUAAGGAAUAAUGGAUCCACCACCUACCGUGGCUGUAACCACCAGAAAUAACCACAGAAUGAUGUUAAUUUCUUCGUUUGUGCACACAAAACUUCAGAAAAUAAAGCUUAUCAUUCGCUUAGGCUAAGCUGAUGUGAAAAGGAAAUAAACAAAUAAUUUCAGCGAGAAAACGCCAUCUGUAUUCCAACUAGUCAACACUUUAGUCUUAAAUUGAUGCCAUACACGAAAUAUCCAAAGAAUAUACAAAUAAUACUAAUAAAUGAACAUAGUAGCUUAUAAAACUUUAAAAGAUUAAUUAUUUAAUUAUUAUAAACCAUAAUCAUGACAAUUAUUGCUUUAAGUACAAUUCUGACAGCAAUUAAAGCUGGUGUGGCAAUCGUAGGUGUCGGAAAAAUCGCUGCUCUACCAUUUCUUAUUGCUGCCAUAACCUACUUCCAUUACGACCAGUUUGAUCCAGAAAACAAAAAUACUGAUCAAAAAACUCUGCAUGCGUCUUACGACUUCAUUAUAGUAGGAGCUGGCUCUGCAGGAUCUGUCUUAGCUAACCGGUUGUCAGAAAUUUCAAACUGGAACGUACUGUUGAUGGAAGCUGGUGGACAAGAAACUGAUAUUAGCGAUGUUCCUAUCAUGAGUCUCUACCUUCAUAAGAGUAAACUGGAUUGGGGAUACAAAACAGAGCCGCAGGCAACUGCAUGUCAAGCUAUGAUCGAGAAUAGAUGCAGUUGGACGAGAGGAAAAGUUUUAGGGGGAUCAAGUGUUCUGAAUACAAUGUUAUAUAUCAGAGGCAAUCGACGAGAUUUUGACAGAUGGGCGGACUAUGGUAACUAUGGUUGGUCUUACGAAGAAAUAUUGCCUUACUUCAAGAAGAGUCAAGACCAACGAAAUCCCUAUUUGGCUAAAAAUACACGGUACCAUUCAGUAGGUGGUUACCAAACUGUCCAAGAUAAUCCUUACAACACCCCACUGGGCAUCGCAUUUUUGGAAGCUGGACAGGAAAUGGGCUACGACAUAAGGGACAUAAACGGAGAAAAGCAAACCGGUUUCGCUCUAUACCAGUUCACUAUGCGCAGAGCAGCUCGUUGUAGUACAGCUAAGGCUUUCCUGAGACCAAUCCGAUUGAGAAAGAAUCUUCACAUCUGCAUGUAUUCACACGUCACUAGAGUGUUGAUAGAUCCUGAUACUAGAAGAGCGUAUGGCGUCGAAUAUAUCAAAAAUGGACAAAAGCAAACGGUGUUGGCGAAAAAAGAGGUUAUUCUGUCAGCUGGUGCCCUGAAUUCUCCUCAAUUACUUAUGUUAAGUGGCGUUGGACCAAAGGAACAUUUGGAGGAGAAAGGGAUACCGGUUAUUCAUGAUUCACCAGGAGUAGGUGAAAAUCUACAGGACCAUAUAGCUUCAGUGGUGACCUUUCUAAUAGAUUAUCCAAUAAGUCUGGUAAUAAACCGUCUGGUUAACAUAAAUACAGCAUUGAGAUAUGCUAUCAAGGAAGAUGGUCCUCUAACGUCGUCAGUAGGUUUAGAAACUGUUGGUUUUAUUCCCACCAAAUAUGCCAACCAAAGCGAUGACUGGCCUGAUAUGGAGUUCAUGUUAACAAGUACCACAACCCCUGCAGAUGGUGGUACCCAAGUUAAAAAGGCUCACGGACUUACAGAUGAGUUUUAUAACGAAGUCUAUGGAAUGGUAAACUACAAGGACACGUUCGGUGUUUUCGCGAUGAUGCUCAGACCAAAAAGUAGAGGGCGUAUCAGAUUGAGGUCAAAAGAUCCCCUCGAUUAUCCCCUCUUCUACCACAACUACCUUACACACCCCCACGACGUGAACGUUCUAAGGGAAGGAACUAAAGCAGCUGUAGCUUUUGGACAAACGGAAGCUAUGAAACGAUUUGGGGCGCGGUACCAUAACGUACCAGUACCGAAAUGCAAGCACUUGCCCCCUUACACUGACGAGUACUGGGAUUGCUACAUAAGGCAGUAUACUCUAUCGAUUUAUCAUUAUUCUUGCACGGCGAAAAUGGGACCUCCAUCAGAUCCGUAUGCAGUAGUAGAUCCAGAAUUAAGGGUUUAUGGCGUCUCUGGGUUACGAGUGAUAGAUGCUUCUAUAAUGCCGUUUAUAACAAAUGGAAAUAUCAAUGCACCUGUUAUUAUGAUAGGAGAAAAAGGAGCAGACCUGAUCAAGUAUUACUGGCUGAAUCCAACGACUAAAAGAAGAAAACGCAGCAUGGAUGUUGCAUAUACCAUUAAACGAGAUAUAAAUAUUAACCAAAAUUGCAGUGUGACUUAGGAAACUAUUAAUUGUGAUAUGCUGAUAACAUGGUAGGGGGCUAUAAAGUUGUAGCGUGAUAUAGAAAGUUUUAUGUGGUGUUAAUUUAAGUGUCAAGCAACUGUGGUGAAAUUAUUUAAAAACUGUUCAUUGUUAUUCUUAUUGGUUUUUGUAUGAUUAGGGCAAUACUUUAAGAACCAAAAAUAUCUUAUAUAUACAGCAAAUGCCAAUUACGGUGAUAUUUCCUCAAGCAAAUUUUAAAACCACCCUUUUUGGGGCUUUGGUAAGUUGGCGAUUGCCAACCUAGGGCACCUUCUAGGGUGCGAGAGAACACUAAAGGGGGCGCUAGGAUAUCCAAGAGAAAAUAUUAUUUAAAAAAUUGAUUGACUGUCUGAAUGGAAAGCUCUAGCACACACAAACAGCAACAGUUUCUUACUUAUCCUCAACCUCUUCCCUCUUCCACCGUAAGUAUAAAAGUAAUGAAUAUUCUCCAUGUUUUUUUAUCUUAUGGCUUUUUCUCUUGCUUGAGACCAGCUCAGUCUCAUUUUGUUUAUUGUGGGUCUCUUUCUUGGGUCUACCUCUUCUUAUUUUAACUCCCCUUUCGGUUUCUUCGGCUUUACCGUUUUUUCAUUGUCCAUACGCACUUGAUGCCCCAACCAUCUUAAUUAUUGUGUUUCUAUUUUUUCUACACUUUUGAUUCCCAGAUUUUUCGAUUUAACUUCGUUUCUGAUUUUGUCCAUUUUCGUCACUCCUUCAACUUUUCGUACUAUUUUCAUCUGACAAGCCGUUCUAUUUCGUUUGUAAUGGUCAUUACUUUGGUCUACUGGAUGGAAAUAAACCUAAACAAAACUGAAUACCUAACAACGAAGAAUACAGAAAUAAAACAGCUAGAAAUAGACGAAGGUAAACAAAUUAAAGGAACAGACAAGUACAGGUAUUUAGGUUUAAUAAUACCACACAAAGUAACAACUGAAGAAGAUAUAAAAAAUAGAGUAGGACAAACAAGAGAGGGCAUACGAAAAUUGAACCCGGUACUGUUGGAUCAGAACAUCAGCAUAAAAACAAAAAGAAGAAUAUGUAACACCAUGACAAGAAGGUGUUACUUAUGGGUAUGAAAACUGGACAAUAAAUAAAAAACUCAAAAACGAAAUAAGAGCAACAGAGAUGGAAUUCUUCAAUAAGGGCCAGGACAACAAAGACCAAACAAAUAAUGAGAACAACAGAGAUGAAAACCCGAAGAUCCAUAAGAGGUAUCACAUUCAGAGAUAGAAUACGAAACGAAGACACAUUGAGAGAGCUAGGCGUUCAAGACGUAGGCAGAUGGACAAGAGCCCGACGACGCAUGUGAAGAGACCACGUAGAUCGGAUGGAUCCUGAACGUAUGGCGCAAUGGGCGAAGAUACAGAAGCCCAACACCAAGCAACCCAUAGGAAGACCCAAAAAACGAUGGUACGAUAGCUGGAGCUCCAGAUCGCAGCAGAGACUGUAACAGAAACAGGACAUAGUCCUAUUAAAAGAAGAAGAAAAAGAAGAAGAAGAGAUGGAAUUCCUAAGGGGAAGCUGCAGAGUAACAAGAAGAGAUAUCAUAAAUAACAUAGAGAUUAAGAAAAGAAUGGGAAUAAACUCAGAUAUAAUAAACUGCAUAGAACAGAAGAAAUUAAUCUGGUACGGAUAUGUCAGAAAAGCAGAUCAAAAUGGUUGGACAGAAUAACAGAGGGGAGCCCGAUAGGAAGAAUGAAGAGAAGCAGACCACGAAGAUCUUUCAGAAAUGAAGUGGACGAAGAAAUGGAAAGAAGAAAUUUGCAGGAACGGGACUGCCAAAACAGAAAGAACUGGAGAGAACGGUUGAAUGAAGGAAUACACUGAAAACUAAGGAACUUCUUAGUAUAUAAAUGGUCAUUACUUUUGAUUUAGACUCAUCAGAAUGUCGACCUUCUAACCAGUUGCUGGUUGCAGAGGUCAGGUAACUCGAGGCCAAAAUCCGUCAUUUAGCAUACCUCAAUGAAUUGGUAUUUGCUGUAGUUAAUUGAUUAUUUGGUAGUAAGUUAUUAUACAACAUUAUUUAGUUCUAAAAAUACUGCUGAGUAUAUUUUUGAUGUCAUCAAUUUUGUUUAAAAGAUGUGUAAAUAAGAAGUGUAUAUCUAGUCCAACAAUUUUUGUAUAUUUUUAGUAUGUAAGCAAUUACUCGAAAUAGUACUGAACAAGAACAGAGACAGCAACAUUAAUUUUUGAUUAGUAAAUAAAUAAGUUUGGAAUAACCUCAAAAUUAUUUUCGGUAAGCGGUAUAUUAUGAAAAACUCAUCAAAAUAUGUGUUUUAUCAAUUAGCUCCUUCGAAAUAUGUCAAUAUUUAUAAAACAUAUUAUGUCAAAGCAAUUAUGAAAGGUAUAUAUCCAUUAAAAAGACCCCUUCGGGCUUCAUCACAGAACGUUUUCGAAAUAAAAAUGUCAUCGUCAGUACUGCUUACAGAUACACAUGAUUGAGCCACCAAAAUACAGGGUGUUUGGUAAAGAAUGGGCCAUAGCUUAACCAUAGUUUCCUGAGGUUAAAAUAGGUCGAUUUAAGGUAACUUACCUUUGUACAAAAGUUGAUAAUAACCGAAAUACAGGGUGUCAAAGUUAAA